UUCGAAAAGCUUUUGUACUCACUCUACUUUACUUUGUCUUUAGCAAGUCUUCAUCCUUCUUGACCGAUGUAACUACUCACAUUGUCAAAUGCUUUGGAGUAGCCAGGAGAGUUGAGUUGUCGUCUCGCCUAUUUUAUCUAGGACCUAUGUAUGUAGCCGGAAAGUCCUCUAGUUGCUGCCACACGCCCGCAGGCUCUGGGCGGAGGACAAUUUUCACGACGCCAUUAUGGUGGACAGCAGUUUCGUGCAUUUUGCUAUGCCUCUUUGGCCAGCUCCCAGGUUGCUGGUCCGAUGAUGAUGAAGUUCCGCUUCCGCUCCCAGAUCCGGUUUUCUUCAAGGUUGUGCGGCCGUCGAAACUAGCCUACAUCUACAAGGCUUUACCUGCUCGGGACUUCGGCUCAACCUUUGGCCACUACCCCCGGCCGACGUACCUAGUACCAGGCGAGCCACGGAAGAUGUGCACGCCAUCGGAAUUUGUGGAGGCACACCACAACAUGGACGGUGCCACGGUACUGGUGGAAAGAGGUGACUGUUCAUUUCUGACCAAGGCCUUGGUAGCACAGGAGAUGGGAGCUGCGGCCAUCCUGAUCUAUGACCUAGACGCGGACAACUUCAGUCAGUUCGUGGACAUGGUGGACGACAAGACAGGGCGUGGUGAUGACGUGACCAUCCCCGUGGCGUUCAUCGUGGGCACGGACGGGUAUCACUUUUCCAAUGCCUUUGUUGAGGACGCGUUGCUUGAGCAGAUCGAUAUUGUUAUGCCACUCAAUAUUACCUCAGAGCCGAACUUCAUGGGCAAGUGGCCGCCGUGGGCUCUCUACUGAGUGUCUGCUCCUGCUGCUACUAGUCUAUCCAGCCUUGCCAUCAAUCCAAAGCAGGACUGCUGCUACUAGUCUAUCCAGCCUUGCCAUCAAUCCAAAGCAGGACACCCGCAUGAUUAAACUGUUUACCGGUACAAAGGCUCAUGUUUAUUGUAUACGUGAUGUUUUGGUCCCUGGAAGCAGGACUGUCCUGCGCAAAGCAGUGCGGUUUGGACAGCCUGUCCUACUCCUGCUGGCUCUGUCCAUCUGUCUGUGUGUGUGUGUGUGUGUGUGUGUGUCUCUCUCCCUGUAGCAGCUUUUCCGUACUAUUUUCUUCAUCGGAUGACUUGACCCGUAUCACCUGCCCGAAGGGAUUAUAUGUUUUGUAGAUUUGUACUACGGUAAUGAUUAAUUCAAAAUGUUGAUGUUCAAGACAAGAUUGUUAUUUGUUUGCUGGAUUUGAAAAGAUGUUUAGUCCACAGAUGCAGUUGCUCUCCCUCCUUCUCUGCCCUGCCGUCGGCUUUCGUUUGUUUUGCUUCCUUCAUUGGGAGAUGAUUCGGUUGGUUGUUGCGCUUCUCUUCCUGCACUAUACAGGAACUGGUCAUGUCAAACAUAUUUUCCGCCAUACGAGCAACAAAAUUCUAUUGGAAAUGCUUCAAUGUGUUUUACUAUUGCCACCGGGGUGCUGCGGUUUGGCUCCCGCUUCUCUCAGCAGGCUGAGCUUGAAGCCCCUUGCUGUCAGUUGUCCUAGACUAGAGUACGUGCUGUUUCUUAGGAGUUUUGCUAGAAAAUUUCAUUUCCAAUUUCGUUCCUUGCCCAUUCUAUCGAUCUUGGCUAGAGUUUCUGCCAGGUUUUUAUUAGAGGUUUUGGUCAAUUUUUUAACAACGAAAAUAAAAUAAAAAUGGCAACCACGCCGA